GUGCUUGUGCAUCUGCGCAUGCGUGUUAGCAGCGGCGGCAGCAGCGGAGGCGCUCGGUUGUGUUGAAGAGAGAAUCAGUGAAAAUGUCUGAGGAGAAAUCAAAGGACGGAGUGAAGUCGGAGAGUGAACACAUUAACCUGAAGGUAGCGGGACAGGAUGGAUCAGUAGUACAGUUUAAAAUCAAGAGACACACACCGCUCAGUAAACUCAUGAAGGCUUACUGUGAGAGACAGGGAUUGUCGAUCAGACAGAUUCGCUUCAGGUUUGAUGGACAGCCCAUCAACGAGACGGAUACACCUGCACAGUUGGAGAUGGAGGAUGAAGAUACCAUCGAUGUGUUCCAACAACAGACUGGGGGACUGUGUUGAACACACACACACACACACACACAGAACACUCUCGUAUACACACACACACACACAGAACACACUCAUAUAUACACACACUGCAGUUCAGGGCCAAAAAUGUAAAAGAUUCUGGAUAUUUAAUCUUUCUGUGUUUUAUGAAAAUGUUCAUGUUCACUGUUCCUGCUAAUUAUUAUAAUAAUAAUGUUUGUUUUUAAUGUAUCAUUAGCUUUAUUUACUCAGUGUUUUUAUAUUAACCAUGUUUCAAUAUUAACCUUUCAUAUCACAAUAAUAAACAUAAUAAAAAAACA